UACAUGGAUAUAAAGAUGUGCACGCGUAUCAUUAACGGUAGUUCAAGUCACUCUGAAGACAUGGAUCGUUGGGUCGGGAAAGCUGCAAUUGUGACCGGUUCCAGUGCGGGUAUCGGCGAAAAAAUCGCCGAAGCUCUCGUCAAGGAGGGAUUGUUGGUCGUCGGACUUGCCAGGCGAUUGGAGAACUUGGAAGCACUGGAAAAACGGCUCGAGGGAGCCAAGGGAAAGUUUUAUCCGAAGCAGUGCGACGUUACCGACACGGAAAAAUUUCAGUGCGUUUUUAAAUGGGUUGAUACCGAAUUUGGAGGCGUCCACGUCCUGGUUAAUAAUGCUGGUCUUUGGACUCCCAAGCGAUUCAUUGAUGACGAUAUUGAAGGUUUUCGGAAGACACUCGAGCUCAAUGUCAUGGCACCUGCCGUAGGUGUGAGAGAAGCUGUGGCUUCAAUGCGAAGGCGAAACGUAGUGGGUCACAUUAUCAACAUCAACAGCGUUGCGGGACAUUGGAUCCCCUUCGAGAACCCUUGCAGUCUGUGUCCAAGCGCUAAACACGCAAUUACUGCCAUGACGGAAACAGUGAGACGGGAUCUCGUGGCUGUUGGUAGCAAGAUUAAAAUUACGAGCAUCAGUCCCGGAGUUGUCAAGACGGACAUCGCUCGGGCCGCUGGUGUUCCUGACCCCGAGGGUUUGUUCAGCAAAUUUCCAUGUCUCAAGCCGGAAAACAUAGCUGCAGCAGUUAUCUACGUAUUGGGCAACCCGGAACAUGUUCAGGUUACGGAAUUGACGAUUCGCCCGGUCGGCGAAGCGUUGUAAGACAUGGAUCCAUGAGUCAACUUUGAGGAUAUGUCUCUGUAUUUCAGUUUCGUCACGAACAGAGAGAAAUUUUAUAAAACUACAUUGUUACGUUAGGAAAUGUACAGAAUUUUCCUAAAAACUAUAUCGCAUCUCGUCUGAAA